AGAAAAAAACUGAUGGUAUUUAACAUAAGGAAGACAAAGAAAAGAGAUCUUAAAAUUUCCAUCUUUACAUAUGAUAAAAUACUCGAUCUUUGCUGGGUGUGUUUGAAGAAGAUGCUGCUGCAAUUUCUAAUUAUGUCAAUCAGCUAUUUCAAGCAAUGCACAGAAUAUAUGAUGCACAGAAUGAAUUAAGUGCAGCAACUCAUCUGACUUCAAAGCUCCUGAAAGAGUAUGAGAAGCAGCGUUUUCCACUAGGAGGAGAUGAUGAAGUUAUGAGUUCUACAUUACAGCAAUUUGCAAAAGUGAUAGAUGAGCUCAGUUCUUGCCAUGCUGUGCUAUCAACUCAGCUUGCAGAUGCAAUGAUGUUUCCUAUUACCCAGUUUAAAGAAAGGGAUUUAAAAGAGAUACUAACCCUAAAAGAAGUUUUCCAAAUUGCAAGCAACGACCAUGAUGCUGCCAUUACUCGAUACGGUCGGUUGUCAAAAAGAAGGGAAAAUGAAAAGAUCAAGGCAGAAGUUACAGAAGAUGUAUACACUUCCAGGAAAAAGCAGCAUCAGACCAUGAUGCAUUAUUUCUGUGCAUUAAAUACUCUCCAAUACAAAAAGAAAAUUGCAAUGCUAGAACCCUUGCUAGGAUACAUGCAAGCUCAGAUAAGUUUUUUUAAGAUGGGAUCAGAAAAUCUUAAUGAACAGUUGGAAGAAUUUUUGACCAAUAUUGGCACAAGUGUACAAAACGUUCGCAGGGAAAUGGACUGUGAAGUAGAAACCAUGCAACAAACUAUAGAAGACUUGGAAAUAGCUAGUGAUCCACUAUAUUUGCCUGAUCCCGAUACUACAAAAUUUCCUGUUCAUAGAAAUCUAACACGGAAAGCUGGCUAUCUCAAUGCAAGAAAUAAGACUGGACUGGUAUCUUCCAGCUGGGAGAGACAGUUUUACUUCACUCAAGGUGGAAACUUGAUGAGCCAGGCAAGAGGUGAUGUAGCUGGGGGACUUGUCAUGGAUAUAGACAAUUGUUCAGUGAUGGCUGUGGAUUGUGAGGACAGGCGGUACUGUUUUCAGAUAACAUCUUUUGAUGGUAAAAAGUCUUCAAUCUUACAGGCAGAGAGUAAAAAGGAUUAUGAAGAGUGGAUAUGUACAAUAAACAACAUAUCUAAACAGAUAUAUUUGAGUGAAAAUCCUGAGGAAAUAGCUGCACGUGUAAAUCAGUCAGCUCUGGAGGCUGUUACUCCAUCUCCAUCCUUUCAACAGAGGCAUGAGAGCAUGCGGCCACCUGUGCAAUCUCGCCCCCCUGCAGCUCGUACUAGCAGCACAGGGUCUUUGGGAUCGGAAUCGGCAGCGUUAUCGGCACUUUCUUUGGAUUCACUCGUUGCCCCUGACACUCCUAUACAGUUUGACAUAAUAUCUCCAGUUAGUGAGGAUCUGCCUGGUCAAGCAAAAACUUCAGGGCAGUUGGGAAGACGCACAAAUCCUUUUGGUGAAUCUGGAGGCUCAAAAUCUGAAACAGAAGAUUCCAUUCUUCAUCAGUUAUUUAUUGUAAGAUUUCUUGGCUCUAUGGAGGUGAAAUAUGAUGAAAGUCCAGAUGUUGUUUAUGAAACAAUGCGUCAAAUACUAGCAGCUCGGGCCAUUCAUAACAUUUUCAGGAUGACAGAAUCACAUUUGUUAGUCACUUGUGACUGCUUAAAGUUAAUUGAUCCACAGACACAAGUUACAAGACUACGAUUUCCGUUGCCCAACGUGGUCCUGUACGCCACGCACCAGGAGAACAGGCGCCUCUUCGGCUUCGUGCUCCGAACGGCAGCCGGCAGAACCGAGAGCCGCCAGACUUCAGUCUGCUACAUAUUUGAGUCUAACAAUGAAGGGGAAAAGAUUUGUGACUCUGUUGGACUGGCAAAACAGAUUGCUUUUCAUGCAGAACUGGAUCGAAAAGCAUCAGAAAAGCAAAAAGAAAUAGACAGAGUAAAAGAGAAACAACAGAAAGAACUCAGUAAGCAAAAACAGAUUGAAAAGGACUUAGAGGAGCAAAGCCGCUUGAUAGCAGCUUCCAGCAGAGCAAACCAGAGCAGUGGAGAAGGACAGUUUGUAGUCCUUAGCAGUAGCCAGUCAGAAGACAGUGAUUUAGGAGAAGAUGGAAAGAAGAAAAGAGAAUCAGAAGCCUAAAGUUGCCUGCUUCAUUGAAACUGGAAUCAUCGAUAUAUCUGGUCAACUGGCACAGUAUCUACAUGAAGCAAGAUGCAGGUGGAGGUUCUAUUGUUAUAUAGAAGAUAUCCCGAUAUACAGAUGCCCUUAUGCCUUGAUUUUUCUUUAACU